ACCUAUUUUUGUUUGACAUUUGGCUCUCAAAGGGAAAUUGUCAUUCAUUAACAGAAUUUUUAAUACUUUUACUUGGCAUUUAAUCGUGUUAGUUGUAGCUUUUGGAAUUAAUCACAGUGAUUAAAAUGGCUGAAAUCGCAGAAAGUUAUAGCAGUAAGGAUGAAGAUGAUGAAAGUAGUGAUGAAGAGUUGUAUCAAGCAGGAGAGCAGCAAUCUACCUCCACAAGUUAUAAACACAUUGCUCUGCAACAACAACAGGUUGCCUCACUUUCAGCGGACAGCGAUGAUAGCGACGAUUCGCCGCCGAAAAAAAUGAGCUGUAUUGAAAUUCCAGCCGAAAGCACUGCCAAUGAGGAAAGUGAUGGUUGUCGCGAAGAUGAUACAGUGGUAUCAAUUACAGAUGGUAAUAUGCGUGUUGUUGCCUCACAUUACAAUGAACUAAAGGAAACAGGGCGACAGGAGCGACUCAAGUCACGCAUAGUCUAUAUGCGAAAUUUUAACAACUGGCUGAAAAGUCAACUUAUUGCAGAGUAUCUAGCGCGCAUUAAUGAACAAAAGCGUGUAGGUGACCCAAUGCGUGUUUUGGAUUUGUGCUGUGGAAAAGGUGGCGAUCUGCUCAAAUGGGAAAAAGCAAAUAUUACCCAUCUUAUAUGUACCGAUAUCGCCGAGGUGUCGGUGGAUCAAUGCAAA